CUCCUUCCAUAAAUCUCAUUCAACCUUGGAGAAAGUUAGUACAGCGGCAACAGAAGCAGAAAGGAGGAAACUUUAAGUUUAAGCACAACAUAUCUGCUUCUAGGAACCUUGCCCUUUUCCUUCCUGCUGUCAGCACUGUAAUAACAAUCACUACGGCUUCCUUUUGUCCUCAACUCCUCUCUCAUAUCUGCCCACACAUCCUCUUUGUUCCCUCCCUCUAAGGAGAGAGACAAACGCAGAGAAAAAAGGUCAUGGAGGAAGCUAAGGAUGUGAAGAGAGGUAGCAGAAAGUUCAAUCAUUUAGGAGGAAGAAGAACUCAGCCGAACACUCUAAUGGAGCUCUGCAACACUGUUCCAUAUCCUCUUCAUGAGAGAUUCUACUUGCAGAGAGGAUACCAAGCCCACCCUGCUCUUCUUCCUCUUCCCAUCACGCCUCCCUUGCUUCUGUUUAUACCCCCAACUCCAUCUCUUCCGCACCUCAGUUUUCCCAGAUCAAAAGUUAACUUUCAGAAGAAUUUCAGGAAUCAAAACCCUCCUCGCUCUGGAUCUUCAGACGCUCAAGUUGCAUUACUCCCCAUUCCUCAAGAUACAGAGCUUAUAAAGCCGAAAACCAGUAUAUUACCAGCAAAGAAUGGUAAAACAAUGAAUUCAUCAACUUCUUUUGAUGGAGACGCAAAACUCUUCUCUCCAAUGGCGGUGGCUCGAAGACCAGAUCAUGGUGGCAAUGAAGGCUCCCCAAUUUCCCUUCUUGCUAACCAUUUCCUAGUCCGCUUCGAUCCAAGACAGCAAAUUUUCCACUACGAUGUUGAUAUUUCACCGCGGCCGUCCAAGGAGAUAGCUCGAAAGAUCAAGAGGAAGCUUGUGAUGGAGAACUCCGACGUCCUCGCAGGCGCCAUGCCAGUCUUUGAUGGAAGGAAGAAUCUUUAUAGCUCCGUUGAGUUCCAUGACGACAAAAUUGAGUUUUUUGUCACUCUUCCAACUUCCAAAUCUCAAUCUCUGAAUAAGGGAAGUGGUGUUGAUGCGUCUGUGAGUCCAAAAUCAAAGCUUUUUAGAGUUAGCAUCAGAUUGGCAUCCAGACUAAGUGGAGAGGACUUAAACAGAUAUCUGAAAGAAGAUGAAAAAGAUGGAAUCCCCCUUCCUCAGGACUAUCUUCAUGCCUUAGAUGUCGUUCUUCGCGAAAGCCCUGCUGAGAACUGCAUCUCAAUCGGUCGUUCUCUGUUCUCCAGCUCCAUGGGAGGAGCUAAAGACAUUGGCGGAGGAGCUGUGGGACUCAGAGGUUUCUUCCAGAGCCUCAGAGCGACUCAGCAAGGCUUAUCUCUCAACUUAGAUUUCUCAGUGACUGCUUUUCAUGAGAGCAUUGGCGUCAUUCCUUACUUGCAGAAACACUGCAAGUCGCUGAAAGAUCUUUCUGAAGCUAAAACAAGGAGUUUUAGCGAGGAGGAGAAGAAGGAAGUGGAAAAAGCUUUGAAAAACAUAAGAAUCUUUGUCUGUCACAGAGAAACAGAUCAAAGAUAUCGAGUCUAUGGUUUGACAAACGAAGUUGCAGAGAAUCUGAAGUUCAGAGACAGGGAUGGAACGGAGCUUUCGUUGGUUGAGUACUAUAAGGAUCAGUACAGCUAUGAGAUACAGUUCAGAAAGCUUCCAUGUCUGCAGAUAAGUAGGAGCAAGCCGUGUUAUCUUCCCAUGGAGCUCUGUGUGGUCUGUGAUGGGCAGAAGUUUCUGGGAAAGCUUUCGGAUGAUCAGACUGCGAAGAUCUUUAAGAUGGGCUGCCAAAGACCGGCGGAACGAAGAGAGAUUAUCAAUAAGAUCAUGAAAGGAGAAGAUGGUCCAACUAGUGGUCGCUAUGCCAAGGAGUUCAAGCUCGACAUAUCAAGGGAGAUGACCCAGCUCCAUGGAAGAAUUCUCCAACCUCCCAAGCUAAAACUUGGCGACGGCGGCCACAUCAGAGAUCUCACUCCUUCGCGGCAAGAUCGGCAGUGGAAUCUUCUCAACUCCCACGUCGCCGAGGGCACCCAAAUCAAACAAUGGGCUUUGAUCAGCUUCGGUGGCGCCGCCGAACACCACUCCUCGAUCCCCAACUUCAUCAACCAGCUCUCGCUCCGCUGCGAACAAGCUGGAAUUUUGCUGAACAAAUCCACCUUCAUCCCCCCUCUAUUCGAGCCGAUGAAGAUUCUCAACAAUGUCUCAGCUUUAGAUUCCAAACUCAGAAAAAUUCAUGAAUCUUCUUCAUCAAAUCUUCAACUUUUGAUCUUUGUGAUGGAGAAGAAGCACAGGGGAUAUGCGGAUUUGAAACGAAUUGCAGAAACCGGCAUUGGCGUUGUCAGCCAAUGCUGCCUAUAUUCAAAUCUCACCAAACUGAGCCCCCAAUUCCUCUCCAAUCUCGCAUUAAAGAUAAACGCCAAACUCGGAGGCAGCAAUGUGGCUCUCUUCAACACCAUCCCCUGCCAAUUCCCCUGCAUUUUUGCCGGCGACGAACCUGCCAUGUUCAUGGGUGCCGACGUAACCCACCCGCAUCCGCUCGACGACUCCAGCCCAUCCGUGGCCGCCGUCGUUGCCAGCAUGAACUGGCCGGCGGCCAACAAAUACAUUCCCCGCAUGAGAUCUCAAACUCACCGGCAAGAAAUCAUCGAAGAACUGGACCAAAUGGUGCGGGAACUUCUCGAAGAUUUCGUCGCCUCUGUUCGCCGGCUUCCGGCGCGCAUCAUCUUCUUCAGGGACGGCGUAAGCGAGACGCAGUUUCAGAAGGUGCUGAAACAUGAACUCCGCGCGAUUCGCACGGCUUGUUCCAAGUUUGGGGAUUACCAGCCGUCCAUAACCUUCGCGGUGGUGCAGAAGCGGCACCACACGAGAUUGUUUGUGAAUCAAAAGCUUCAAUUUUGCGGCGAGAACAUACCGCCGGGGACGGUGGUGGAUACAGUGAUAACUCAUCCGAGGGAAUUUGAUUUCUUUUUGUGCAGCCAUUGGGGGAUGAAGGGGACGAGCAGACCGACGCAUUAUCAUGUGCUGUGGGAUGAGAACAAAUUCAAAUCCGAUGAGUUUCAGAAGCUGAUACAUGACCUGUGCUACACAUUUGUGAGAUGUACGAAGCCUGUUUCGCUUGUGCCGCCGGCUUAUUAUGCGCAUUUGGCUGCGUAUAGAGGGAGAUUGUAUAUUGAGAGAGGAGCAGAGUUUAACGCUGGGAGGAGAAGUAGUGCAGUCUGCAGAACGAAGCCGGGGAAGGCGGAGCCAUUGCCGAAGAUUAGAGAUAGUGUGAAGAAGCUUAUGUUUUAUUGUUGAUGUGACAGUUUCUUGCUGUAAUUUGUGUAUAGAUUUUUGCAUGCAUAGAUCAAUUGUGAGAGCUGUAAUUGUCUGAAAAUAUGGAUUGAAAAAAUGUUUGUGUUUGAAAUUGGAUGGAAUUAUCAUAUUACCCCUUGUUUUUAGGAUUUUUGCAUGUUGCA